AUGGCCAAGGGCUUCCGACCCGCUAACAGGAAUUUUGUUGCUAAAAGAGGUCGAGGCAAAUUCGUGUUUACACCUUCACGGCACUUUUCUAGGCAUGAUGCACCAUCUCAAGGCGCCUCUAGUCCGGAUACCAGCGCUCCCGUGACACAGUCUCCAAAAACAAAUGAGCGAGAUGCCCCUCCUUCGUCUUUGGUGCAAGACACAUCCAUUGAUACAAAUGACAGAAACCUUCAAUCCGGGCCAGAGAAUGGAACCAGCCACGUUGCAUCGACACCCGACAUUGGAUCGGCAACGCAUCCCACGGAGAAUCCCAAAAUGGAUACGCGUCAAAAUGGGCAAUUUGUCGAUGCAACUGACAGUCAACACUUGGUUGGGACAGCGCAAGCGGCUUCUGAAGGGUCUCCUUCAAACCAAGGGUUUAAGAAGACCGAGCCUUCCCUAGGCCUUGACUUCCAGUCGCCCGUUCCUUCCACCGCUCCUGUGAAUCGUAUGCAGUUUACUCCUGAAGACGGUGUCAAAUUUAGGUCUUCUCCUUGGACAUCCAAGCCAAAGAAGGACAAUACACAGAAGAGUUCGGAGCAUCAUUAUCCAGAAACACGAACGAGUUCGAAGGCGAAGCUCUUAUCAACUCCCACUAAGCGCUCGGCUCCCCUGACAAGUAAAGGGCUCCCAGUCAGGAAACAGAACUUUCAAGGUUCCCUGCCUGAAUUCAGCGCCGGAAUCGAUGAUGAGGUGAAUAUGGCCGAUGUUAGUGACAUUGACGAGGAAGCAAAGCCGGCCAAACCUGUGCCGCUCUCCUCCCGUGCCAAAGCAGAAGCUCGCAAAAAGAGGCUUUUAGUCGAGUUCGAUUCUGAGGCAUUCGACUCUCUCAUUUAUCGACAGUCGAGUUUGCAACCACCCCCGCAUGUUACUAUAUCUUCGCGUAUUGUCAAGUACCGCCCAGUUUACGGCGACCAAAAGCCACUUUAUCUUCCGGUGAAUCCAGCAAUCCAUCACAUGCACAAGCGAUCCCGUGCAUGGUAUAGACAGAAGUGCGAUGAAAUCAGACGGCGUCCAAAACGCAAAGAGUGGUUUGGCAAGGUUGUGGAGAGACAACGCUGGUUACAGGCUCUAGAGGUGAAGAAGCAACAGAAAAUCAAACAAGCUCAGCAAGACGGGACUACUCCCCCCUACAUACCACCAGAACCGCGGGGUGUCAAGCGUAUCCUUGACUUCGGUGACCUGCCCGAGGAGGAACUGCCUGAGUAUGUGCGGAGUAAUCCUGCUUGGUUGAAAGCCUGCGCUUGGUUCAGAGAAUGCGAGGAUAAGGCGACUGUGCGUCAGCGACAUGUCAACAACAAGACCAAAGAGACAGAGAGCUACUUUCAGAGCUUGAACGCUUGA